CUGUCAAUUGACAAAUCAUUUUGUUGGUUGCGUGCCCUACGUAAAUAUAUUUUAAAAGAUUUUUUGGAGGCAAAUUACACUAAAGAGUAUUGCUCAACUUAUUAACACCGUUUUUAUGAUAAGUAUAAGUAGACACAUUUACAAUGUCGGAAGCAGAAGAAUACAAUCAGCAAAAGCCAGCUAAAACAAGCAAACAACAUAACAUUUUACCGAUAUGGGGUAAUGAGCAAACUAUGAAUCUGAACCCUUUAAUAUUAGCAAAUAUCCAAGGUUCUAGCUACUUCAAAGUGCACCUAUUUAAGCUGAAGACAUAUCAUGAAGUAGUUGACGAGAUUUAUUACCAGGUGAAGCAUCUGGAGCCUUGGGAGCGCGGCAGCCGCAAGACAGCUGGGCAAACUGGCAUGUGUGGCGGCGUUCGAGGGGUGGGUGCAGGUGGCAUUGUAUCUACAGCGUUCUGCCUCCUGUACAAACUGUACACAUUAAGACUGACUCGUAAACAGGUGAAUGGGCUACUGCAACACACAGAUUCACCUUACAUUAGAGCUCUCGGUUUCAUGUAUGUCCGCUACACACAACCGCCAGCAGAUCUGUUUGACUGGUACGUGGAUUAUCUGGAUGAUGAUGAGGAGGUGGACCCGCGGGCGGGAGGCGGUGGGACCACCACCAUCGGUGCUCUGGUGCGGCAGAUGCUGAUCAAGCUGGAUUGGUUCAGCACAUUGUUUCCGAGAAUCCCGGUGCCUAUUCAGAAGCAGAUUGAACAAAAGCUAGCAGAACACAACAGGCAGUCUACAUCGCAGCAGACUAAUUACCGAGCGGGAAAUACAAGUAACUACAAUCCGGGCCGAGUUGACAACGAGCGGCGUGAGCACGACGACAGGGACAAACGAGAUUACGGGGACACUGACAGGUAUGCAAAAGACAGAGGGAACAGACGCGAAGACAGAGACCAAAGGGAUAAGGACCGUGACCGUGACCGCGAUCGACGUGACCGUGACACCAGAGACAGAUACCGCGAGAGAUCGCGCUCAAGAGACCGACACAGCGAGCGGUCACGUGACCGCCCGCGUCACCGCUCUCGCUCGCGAGAUCGCCGCUAUAGAUAAUAAAUAAUACAUACCUCAGUUUUGUUUAUGCUGUGUAAUUGACAAUUAAAUAGAUAUAAUGUUUUA